GUGAUCUCUGGCACUUCUCUUCAAGAAAGCAGCAGGCUAUCGAUUAAUAUACUAUUUGAAACAAAGCAAAAUGAUGGACUUGGAUGAGAAAUACCAUUGCAGCCUCCAGGAUAACGCAAUUAAGGUGAAAUUUGUGCCUCACGCCGACAGUCCGUUCCAUCCCCAAUGCCUUCGCAUCACGUUCCAUCGGACCAUUCGCGUUCCCGAAAAUCAUAAGUCAGUUAAACUACCACCUGAUCUAGGCACUUUUUCUCUAUUUGGAAUCCGUGAUCAUGCCCAUAAGCUUCCCCCAAGCAUGGUAGCUAAGGGCGGGUUGUUUCUGUCCAUGUACCAAAGAGAAGCCAUGUGGGUUGAUUUCAACGCGGAUUGGCCUUUCAUGAUAAAAAUCUACGCUGAUGGCGUGAAUGUCGUUUCCGGUGAACAUGCCGCUGAUGAUAAUGGGACUAAAGAUCGUCGUCGAUUGGCAUCCAGGGGCAAGAUUCAAGACUACGUUGUAGCCCCUCCACAGAUUUGGCUCGACGGUAUUGCCACGUCUCCCGGUGUUGUAAGACAGUUGAUCGCCAUGCCAACGGGACAAGGCUACAGUGUCGAGUCACAGUUUACUGGGGAAGAUACCAUCGGCGGCCUAUAAUUUGAGAUCACGCCAUCGGCUUCCGGAAACUUCAUAAAGUUAGGCAGAUCGUUUCUGAUCAUGUGUUCGUCCCCAGUUACGGUCAGUGCUAUUAAGAAUGCGAUAUAUAAU